AUGGAGAGGCUUCAAGUGUGUAUGCUUUUUCUUGUCAUGUUGCAUUCAAUAGCAGUAGAAUUCGCUUGUAAUGCCCAAAAUGGUGCUACAAAUUGUUCAGCAAAUGAUCUUGAGGCACUUGUUGAUUUCAAGAAUGGACUGAAUGAUCCUGAGAACCGGCUUUUGUCAUGGCAAGGAAGAGACUGUUGUAAGUGGAGGGGAAUAAGGUGCAGUAACACUGCUGGUUCUGUUAUCAAAAUAGACCUUCACAAUCCAUUUCCAGUCGAUUCUGUUGAUGUUACCAGUUUUCAGUGGGUAACUAGUCUUGUUUCCUUAAAAUAUCUUGGGAUGAACCAAGUAGGGCUCUCUAUGGUAGGAUCAACUUGGUUGGAAAUGCUAAACCAGCUUCCGCAUUUAACAGAGUGGCAUCUUUCAUCUUGUGGUUUGUUGUCUGGUUCCAUUUCAUAUCUUACUCCUGUUAACUUCUCUUCAUUAGCUGUUAUCGAUCUUAGUUUCAAUAGUUUCAAAUCAAUGUUCCCGAGCUGGCUUGUAAAUAUCAGCAGUCUUGAAUAUAUGGACUUGAGCAACUCUGGUUUUAGAGGCAGAAUUCCACUGGGCAGCAGUGAGAUUCCAAGGUUAAGAUACUUGAACCUCGCACUAAACAAGAACCUUAGUGCCAAUUGCCUUGAGCUAUUUAGAGGAAGUUGGAAACAGAUAGAAGUUUUCGAUUUAGGUUCAAACAACUACAAGGAAAAUUGCCUAGAUCCAUCGGGAAUAUGA